AUGAUAUCAUCGUCUGCAUCAACUUCGAACUGGGAUUUCACUCCGGUGAUUGACCUCUUGCAAUCGCCGUCAUGUCAGGGCGAGGAUCAAUCGACCCGCAAAAGCCCCACGGAUUGUCCCGUAUCUUCACUUGCGUCACGCAAGGUUGUCAAUGACGUUGGCAAACUAGGAACCCAGGAACAACCACUGACGGGUGCGAGCGUCGAGUCACCCCAGCUAGGAGACUUUGGCUCGCUAUGGGAGUUAUUGGGUACCCCUAGUACGUCAACUGGCUCGAAGGGUAAUACCCCUGGCAACGAGGUUCUCGAGUCAACAAAGCAGUCUUGUCUGCGCAAGCAGCCUACCAUUAUACUCAAACGGCCUUCGGCUCCAGACACCUUGAUUGAGACACCAGUAUCGACAUCCAAACCCUCUGCGAAACCAGCACCAGUAUUUAACUUCACCGACACCUACGAUCCCCGGCCAUGUCCGCUCGGUGGCACAACCGGUGUCGAGUCAAACGUGGCGACUCGGCGACGCAGCCAGCGAAAUAAGACCAACCAUGAAGCUACUCUAUCAGAAAGCAACGCUGAAGGGGAGUCGGAUAGCUCCCCCAGUGUUUUUGACAAUCCACUGUCACGUCCGCAAAACAUCCCAAUGAUUCCACCGCAGGUCGGUGUUUCAGAAGCCAGAGCAGGAUCUCUCGAGACACCCCCAUCGUCUUUUGAUGAGCUAAACGAAUUCUUACCUCUGAACCCCCUCAAAUAUCCUCCCAUCGCCAGUGCACCCCGUUUGCGGCCACUUACAUAUAAAACCGCAGCAGAUCAGCGGGUUGGACUUUUGACCAAACUUUUGAAAGAUUUCCCCGAUUAUGCAGAACAUCUCGUGGAAGCUGGGCGGUCGAAGAAAUCAAAGAAACAUGAUUUGUCGUUCCGCCCAGUACAUGUGUUUGUUGAUAUGUCGAAUAUCAUGGUCGGGUUUCACGAUACGAUGAAAAUCUCGCGAAACAUACCCGUUCAGACCAGGAUUCGCCGCCUCCCCCUCUCCUAUCAAAACUUCUCCUUGGUAUUAGAACGCGGGCGGCCAGCAGCGAAAAGAGUCCUUGUAGGCUCCGACCGAAUCGCAGCUAUAAGCGAAAGCGAGCAGCUCGGUUACGAGGCGAACAUCUUAAGCCGAGUGCAAAAAAUCAAACAGCUCACUUCUCGUCAGCUAAAGUUCCGGAAAAAUCCCAAGGUGACGCCCCACGACGGUGGCCAUAGUUCUGAGACGAACGAUGGUCCUGGAGAGCGUUGGGUCGAACAAGGUGUGGACGAAAUUCUACACCUAAAGAUCCUGGAAAGCCUGUUGGAUACGGACGAACCGGCAACGAUUGUGCUCGCUACGGGAGAUGCUGCUGAAGCGGAGUUUUCCGGUGGCUUCAUGAGAAUGGUUGAGCGAGCCCUUCAGCGUGGCUGGAGGGUUGAGCUAGUUAGCUUCUCCCAAGUGACAAGCUAUGCUUAUCAGAGGAAGGAAUUCCGCUCUCGAUGGGGAAAUCAGUUCCGGAUUAUUACCUUGGACGAUUACGUCGAGGAACUUUUAAAUAUGUAG